AUGGAGCCAUCCGCACAACAGCUCCAGCUGGCAGCAUCACCUCCCACCAAUUUGUCCAACUUCUGCCAAGGCUCUGAAAUGCCAACUAUGUCGAGGCCUGCACUUGAUGUCAAGGGUGGUACCUCACCUAUGAAGGAGGAUGCCAACCCAGAGAUGAGCUCUCUGGCCUACUCUAACCUGGCGGUGAAAGAUCGCAAAGCAGUGGCCAUCCUGCACUACCCCGGGGUAACCUCGAAUGGAACCAAGGCCAAUGGGGCUCCCGCUGGUUCCUCGGGAUCUCCAUCUCCAAUAAGCUCUCCUACUGCCGCCCCUCCCACUAAACCCCCACCCUUCAACCUGCACCCCGCCCCUCACCUGCUGGCCAGUAUGCAGCUGCAGAAACUUAAUAGCCAGUAUCAUGGGAUGGCCGCCGCCACUCCCGGCCAACCUGGGGAGGCAGGGCCCCUGCCAAACUGGGGCUUCGGGGCUCAGGCGGGAGGGGCGGGGUCACUCUCUCCUUCUGCUGGUGCCCAGAGCCCUGCCAUCAUCGACUCAGACCCGGUGGAUGAGGAGGUGCUGAUGUCACUGGUGGUGGAACUGGGACUGGACCGAGCCAAUGAGCUUCCGGAGCUGUGGCUGGGGCAGAAUGAGUUUGACUUCACUGCAGACUUUCCAUCUGGCUGCUGA